UUGCACCACACCUCCGCGCAUUCCUUCGAAGCAUCUCCAUCCCCUUUUAUCUCUGCAUCCAUCCCACCUUCGAUUUCCAAGAGUGUCAAAUCAAGCGUCAGUUGAGCUGAUCAGAUCCUCACUUCCAAGCCAUACCAUGCCGAAAUUCUAUCCCUCCAUCUCGGACGACCUACGGGAUUGGGUCCUGCGUCAAAGCGUCUUCUUCGUCGCUUCGGCCCCGCUGCAAGGUCGCCAUAUCAAUCUAUCCCCCAAAGGACUGCCUGAUGCCUCGUUGGCCAUACUUGGCCCGAAUGAGGCUGCUUACAUAGAUGCGACCGGGUCCGGAAGUGAGACCAUUAGCCACGUGCGUGAAAACGGUCGCAUAACGGUCAUGUUCUGCUCAUUCGACACAGCACCCGGGAUCGUGCGUUUCUUCUGCAAUGGUUCGGUGAUUGAAUGGGACCAGCCUGAGUUUCCACAAUAUCUUGACCGUAUGGGAGGCAAGGCCGUGGUUGGAGCACGAGCGAUCAUCCAUCUGGACGUGUUUAAGGUCCAAUCGUCAUGCGGUUAUGGAGUUCCGCGGCUGUCCGUGAAGCUUGAUCCCGACACCAACGAAUCCAAACCAUAUCUCAAAGACCGCGACACAUUGGGCCACUGGGCAGGCAAGCAGGUGCAGGCGAACAAGAUGCGGGCCUACCAAAAGGAGUGGAAUUACCGAAGUCUUGAUGGGCUGCCGGCACUCUGGACCGCUGUGAAGGAUAACAACAAGUUUACCGGGGUGGCACAACUGGGAAACUGGGCUCGUCGCCAUCGGGAUGAUAUCGAAACCGCCAAAACAACAGUCUUGGUGCUGUUCAUGGCCAUGGGGAUUAUGCACUGGAUUGGAUAUGUGUAGAUAUACCAUGGUUCGCAGUACAUCACCACGUUGCGGGUGACAUCAUCUUGCCCACGAUCCUGGCUUUAACUUCCAGCGUGGGUUAUGCUUCUGACGAUUUGACCGUUAAUUAGGUUCAGAUUGAAGUGACCGCCUGAAUCCUUGUCAACCCCGCCCUUCGUUCGACCGAAU